GCUCAGCAGUGGGAUGGAUUCUGACUACUAAAAAGCCGGAGUGAGAGGAAGGGGGGGGACGAGCCAGCGAGCUCUGUGCUUGCACAAGAGACGAAAAGGAUUGAGGCACCGGUGUGCAAACCAGCAUGAACAGAUCUGAAGAAAACCGCUGGGCGAGACCUUGAGCGAGGCAUUUCUAUGCGUCCAAAGGUAGCCCUUGGCGCUUAUCGUAGAUCCCUGGAGGAACGAGGCGACGGAAGACUUGACUGACAAACGGACUAGGGGGGAGGUCUCUGACACUUCAUUUGCAUCUGGGGAGAGCAAGUGCGAGGAACAUCCAGUGAGGGGACAUGAAUAUCUGACAACGGAAAUGAUUUUUUUUUCCUCCCCAUUCACAAAACCAAACGAGCCGAUGUAGUCCUCCUAGCUGGAUGAGGCACGGUCCAGUCAGCUGCUGAAUGGUUCUGCUGUGGCUCCUUAUCUCUCUUUCAUUUACACUUCUCAGUGUGCAACGUGAAUUUCACAGGCUUAGGUUCCUCUUGAUUUAAACAGCAGAUUUCAAGCAAGAAGAGGAGAGCAGCUUGAGAUCUUUGGAUCAUGUGCAGUAGUUACUGAAUCCAAUUGACAAAUUAUUCCAUUUUCUCUCCCAACUUUUGAUUAGGAUCUGAAUUGCCAUGACAGCCAUGAAGGGAGAUUCAGAGGACAGCAUUGAGAGCAUCAGGCCUUCAAACCUGCAAGCUUUCGCCAACUCGUCCACGCUGCACGGCAUGAGCCACAUUUUCGCCUACGGACACAUGACAUUCCGGCGCAUUUUGUGGACUUUGUCGUUUCUGGGCUCGCUCGGGCUGUUGCUUGUGGUCUGCAUGGACCGCGUGUUUUACUACUUCGAGUUUCCUCACGUCACCAAACUGGACGAGGUGGCAGCGACGAACCUCACUUUUCCCGCCAUUACUUUGUGCAACCUCAACGAGUUCCGCUUUUCCAAAAUGACCAAAAACGACAUCUACCACGUAGGAGAGCUGCUUGCCCUGCUCAACGAGAACUACCAGAUUGCGAACCCAAACCUGGCCGAGCCGGAAUUCCUUGCUGCUCUUAAAGAAAAGGCCAAUUUUGCCAACUUUAAUCCUAAACAGUUCAGCAUGACCGAUUUCUAUAACCGAACGGGCCACGACAUCAGUGACAUGCUUCUACAGUGCACUUUCCAAGGCCAAAACUGCUACCAUUUCAACUUCACCACAAUUUACACGAGGUACGGCAAGUGUUACACUUUUAAUUCGGGCCUUGAUGGCAACCCGCUGCUGACGACGCUGAAGGGCGGAACAGGAAACGGGCUGGAGAUAAUGCUGGACAUUCAGCAGGAUGAGUACCUGCCCGUGUGGGGAGAAACAGACGAAACCUCGUAUGAAGCAGGCAUCAAAGUACAGAUCCACAGCCAGGAUGAACCGCCCUUCAUAGACCAGCUGGGAUUCGGUGUGGCCCCUGGUUUUCAAACUUUCGUGUCUUGUCAGCAGCAACUGCUACAGUAUCUCCCACCGCCCUGGGGCGACUGCCGAUCCAGUGGGAUGGACUCGGAGUACUUCUCCACGUAUAGCAUAACAGCGUGUCGCAUCGACUGUGAAACCCGCUACCUGCUGGAGAACUGUAACUGCCGGAUGGUGCACAUGCCAGGUACCUCCACCGUAUGCACCCCGGAGCAGUACAAGGAUUGCGCCGAUCCUGCCUUGGAUUUCCUCGUCGAAAAGGACAACAAUUACUGCGUGUGCCAGACGCCUUGCAACAUGACUCGCUACGGCAAGGAGCUGUCCAUGGUGAAAAUCCCCAGCAAAGCGUCUGCCAAAUACCUGGCCAAGAAGUUCAACAAAUCGGAGCAGUACAUCGGAGAUAACAUAUUAGUUCUGGAUAUCUUCUUUGAGGCCCUGAAUUAUGAAAAGAUUGAGCAGAAGAAGGCUUAUGAAGUGGCUGGUCUACUUGGUGACAUCGGAGGGCAGAUGGGGCUGUUUAUAGGAGCAAGUGUCCUGACCAUACUGGAAAUAUUUGAUUAUUUAUAUGAGGUAUUCAAAGACAAAGUAUUGGGCUACUUUCUACGUAAAGGACGGCCACGUCGGAGCGCGAGCGAUAAUCUGGGUUGGGGUCAGUUCAGGUUCAAUUCCGCAAAUUUAGGACUUGGAUGGAGGCCUGAUGCAAGGACAACUCUGAGAACCCCACCAGCCCUGGUGUCACGCCUAAUCAUACCCCCAGAGCACAUGCGACACACUCCGGAGUCACUCGGACAGCCUCGGAUUCGCGCCGAACGUGCUACCUAGUCACCCGACUCUAGGCAACUUCGAGGAGUUCGCUUGUUGACGAUGCGGCCAUCAAGCGAGGACAAUUAGUGGUCUGACGGCAAACUGUGAUUCCGAUUUGUAAACCUGUACAUACCUAUACGCACAGUAUGCGACGGUUAGUUCAAUUGGUCAGUCAAUCGAAGCCCCGAAUAGUAUAAGAUACAACCAUAAAAGUACAAGUAGGCAACAAUUCCAGAACAAUACUCAGGUUAUAUUAGCGUACCGCAGUAUCCACCGCACCAACUGUUCUUUUUAUGUCGUGGACAUGAUAAUCGUUUGUUGUUUUUUUUUUACAAUUUUUCUCAACUGUGCACAACCAACUCGGGUUAUUAAGGCUGUGAUUAAAACAAGGAACCGCACAAAGCAAGUGUAACUGUUUACUAGGCUUGUGUAGGUCGUUUUGUGUACAAAAUGCAGCGAACAUUAAAAAACCUAAAAUCCCUUUUGCUUAGCAUAGGUUAGCAUGACUCCAGCAGCAGGUAGCUGGGGAAUUCUGGAUUCUGAUUGGUCACAGAUUCGUUAUCUUAUUACUGUUGUAUGUACACCGUGGUAGUGCAGCAGUUAAGAUGUCGGACGUCCGAUCAAGGUUGUGAGUUCAAGUCCCAGCACCAUUAAGCUGCCCCGGGUGGGCCCCUUAAACAAGGCCCUCAACCCUAUAUUGCUCAGUGGAUAAAUGAGAUCAUUGGAAAUCACCCUUAAAUAAGGCCAUAAGGUUGUGAGUUCAAGUACCUCUGGAUGUUAUCUGGUAAAUGUGCAUUUAAAGUAUUUAACAUUGAAAUGACUUGUUUUGGUGGAUGUUUACAAAACCAAAUUGAACGAGUCUCCAGUGUCAUUGUUCACUGAAAGGUAUAAGACUCGCCUCAAACCAAAAGAUCUUUUUUUUAUUUUUAAUACUAAAGAAUUUACUUCAGUGAGCGAGUCAACGACCCACCAGGGUUUUUUUUUUUUAGGUGGAUCACGGGAACUAGGAAGUACCUCAAGGAAACACGGAAACGCCCUUAGCUAGCGGAAGUACCUGAAGUCGUUGGCGUAUCGACACAAGCCCAGUCUGCGUUACGCGAGCGAACGGUGUUGUGGAAUUUAGUUUGAUUUUCUUUUCUCCAAAACCGAAUGUAUGUUUGUUUACAUUGUGUAUAUAAGUGCAAUAAUAGGCAUCCUGUAUUCAACUUCCCCAAUGAACCCCCCCACUCGAGGCUUAACUGUUAGACAAAAACGGGAAAAAAAGAUCAGAUUCAGGUUUGGCGUGAGGAGCGUUUUACUUUUGAUAUGCAUCGUAUUUCUAAUCGUUUCUACGACAUAUAUAUGUCUACACACACACAGAUGUAUUCUGGUUCUUACGAAAACAAUCACACCAAGAGGCCAGACGGAAACGAUCCGGGUUUCAGCACAUCGCAUUUUCACGCAAACGAGAAGCCGAUCGUCGCGAAAAAAACGAGACGCGUCCACACUGCUUUCGCUCCGAUUUAUCCGAUUUAUCCAUGUUAUUCAUCUGCUGCAAAAACAUUAUAGUGAUGUAAUAUAUAAAGCAUAGACCGUAUAGUCAUGUAGAAAGAAUCCGGAAUUCUUCAGGACGGCUUUCAUCGGGAAACGCGACUCGUGCAUCAACCCCCCGCACACACUUUCUGCAAGUCUUGCGGUCCGAUCCUAGAUUUCCCAAAGGCGUCUUCCUUUCUUCGCUUGCAUGCACAUAUCUCCCACGUACGAAAACUAUUUAUCCGAUGGCACGCCACACGCUGGCGGGAGAAGAACGAGGGUAGAACGAACAACCGCCCUCUUAUUUUGUUUGUUUUGAUAUUCAUUUCGCUUCUGCAUUCAGCCGAUAGCGUUGUUUUAUAGGACGGGAUUUCUAGCAUAUAUAAAUAUAUAUAUAGCUAGCUAGCUACAUUUUACGAAUCGGUUGUGAAGUGUAAAUGAAACUAUCUAAUAAACCUAUUUAACCGUAA